AUGGAAUGGUUCAUACCUCCAUAUGUCAAUAUGGAAUGGUUGAUACCUCCAUAUGUCAGUAUGGAAUGGUUGAUACCUCCAUAUGUCAAUAUGAAAUGGUUGAUACCUCCAUAUGUUAGUAUGGAAUGGUUGAUACCUCAAAAUGUCAGUAUCGAAUGGUUGAUACCUCCAUAUGUCAGUAUGGAAUGGUUGAUACCUCCAUAUGUCAGUAAAGAAUGGUUGCUACCUCCAUAUGUCAGUAUGGAAUGGUUGAUACCUCCAUAUGUCAAUAUGGAAUGGUUGAUAUGUCAAUAUGGAAUGGUUGAUACCUCCAUAUGUCAGUAUGGAAUGGUUGAUACCUCCAAAUGUCAUAUGGAAUGGUUGAUACCUCCAUAUGUCAGUAUAGAAUGGUUGAUACCUAUUUAUGUCAGUAUAAAAUGGUUGAUACCUCCAUAUGUCAGUAUGGAAUGGUUGAUACCUCCAUAUGUCAGUAUGGAAUGGUUGAUACCUCCAAAUGUCAGCAUGGAAUGGUUGAUACCUCCAUAUGUCAAUAUGGAAUGUAUAGAAUGGUUGAUACCUCCAUAUGUCAGUAUAAAAUGGUUGAUACCUCCAUAUGUCAGUAUGGAAUGGUUGAUACCUCCAUAUGUCAGUAUGGAAUGGUUGAUACCUCCAAACGUCAGCAUGGAAUGGUUGAUACCUCCAUAUGUCAAUAUGGAAUGGUUGAUAUAUCAAUAUGGAAUGGUUGAUACCUCCAUAUGUCAAUAUGGAAUUGUUGAUACCUCCUAA